AUGGAUGAAUCAUCAGAAGAUCAGACUUCAUCAAAUGGACUCUGUCGAGAAUUUCUAGUUGGCUCAGAAGGUGAACAAGCAAGUUUCUCAUUAAAUAAACUACUGUUGGCAGAAGCAUCUCCACUAUUUCAGCGAUUGUUCUACGGAAGCACAGCUGAUAAAUCUGAUGUUAUACUUGUACCUGAUGUAACACCACGUGCUUUUAGUGCAAUGGUUAACUUUAUAUAUACAGAUACAUUAAAUAUUAAAUCGAUUGAAGAUGCAUUUGAACAAUAUAUAGUAGCUAUUAAAUUUCAUUCAUUUCUGAGAAGAGAUUGUAAGGACAUGUUUCCAAAAUUGAUUAAAGAAAUUAUAAUACAUCCGAAUUUCAUGGAAAUAAAAUUAUCAACAUUAAGAGAAAUAUUAAGUAUGGAUAAUUUAAUGAUAUCAGAAGUUGAAUUAUUCAUAGCAUUAAGAAAUUACGUAUAUGUUAAUGAUUAUCUUGUUGAAUUAAAUGAAAAUAAUAAAAAGCAGGAUCAAUUGCAAAAUACUCAAGAAGUUGAAAUAAAUCAAUCAGACGAUGUUGCAGUUCAAAAUACUCAAAGAAAUAUUGAAGAUUUAAAAUAUGCUAUACUUGCCAAAUCUGGUCUUUUGAGCGAAUCUAAUGCAUUAGCAAUAUUAAUUAAUAUUAUAUCAUCAUCAAAUACAAUCUGUAGAAUGCCAGGUGGUUUUUCUGUAUCUAAAAAUCCAAGAUAUUCACCUUCAUUAAUACAACGUUUAUUUUCAAAUUUACCAAAUUGA